CCCAUACCGAUCCAACCCUCGCACACACGUGCAGCUCAUCACUCCCACCAACGAACACAUCUGAGUGUCUAGGCGUUCCCCCCGCCCAGCUGCAGGGCGGCCAGAGCCAUCUCCUCCAGCGCACUCACGUCGUUUGUCUUUGUCUUCUUGCGUCGCUUGGGCGCCCUCUCCUGCUGCUCCCCAGCACUGCUCUCCUCAUCCGAUGCCGAUGCCGAUGCCGCACCGUCGUCUUGGUCCAGCAUCAUUGCUAGCGUUGCGCCGCCUGGCUCAUGGUCAUGGUCGUCCUCCUCACCGGCACCGCCCCGCUGCUCGCGGUGCCUCUGCUUCUUGAGCUGGGACUUUUUCCUCUUGUGCUUGGCCUGGACACGCUCACGCUGAAGCUCCUGCAGUCAGCCACACGCACACAGAGAGAGAGGGAGAGAGAGAUUGAGAAUAGCGGCUGGUGCAUUGUGGGUGUGGUGUGCAGUCCUUACUGUGUCUUGUUGGCUUCUCCUUGCGAGUCGGCGCUUCAUCUGUGCGAGGAAACGCUGCCGACCGCUCAGGCCGGCAUCGGCCGUCGCAUCAUCGUCAUCGCUCUGGUCUUCUUCUCGGUUGCAGCUCUCGUCGACGGGCGGCCUGAUCGACAAGACAAGAUAUGUGGAGGGAUGCACUGAUUGUGUCUGUGUGCGUGUCUGUGUCUCGCUCUCAUUCUCACUGUGUGUCUGCUGCAGGAGUGUGUUCGGCUUCCUGCUGCUCGUCAGAGUCGUCAUCAUCGUCGUGGAAGAAGGUGUGCCGCUCCUCACUCAGCUUGCUCAGCCCAGCUGCACACACGCACCGACACACCGACACACACACACACACACACAGGGAGACCACCAGCUAGGCAUGAGUGACCACUGGGUGUCUUGACGCCUGUGGGAGCAGGCAUACCGAGUCCCUUGACCUUGGCCGUGCCGUCAGCGCGAAAUCGAAUGCGCUGCUUACGCAAUGCUGCCGAGUAUCACACACGGACAAUCACACAGACAGACAGACAGGCAGAAUCACAAUUGGUAGGCAGCACUUCUCUGUCCGCUCACUCACUCACCUUGCUCCAGCAUCUGCUGCCUCUUCCGCUGAUGCACCGACUCGUCCACAAUCGGCGGCUGCCUCUCUCGUGAGCCAGACGACCCACCCACGGGCACCAGCAGCUCAUCGUCGUCAUCCUCCUCCUCGUCGUCACCGUCACGAGCAUCCGGCUCGUGAGCCUUCCGCUCUUGCGCGUGUCGUCUCUCUCCCUUGACGGUGUCGCCCCCUCGACGCUCGGUGGAUGACGUCUGCGUGGGAGUUGGUAAUGGUGUGUGUGUUGACACAGCGCCACCAGCACCACCCUCCCUCCUCAGCUGCUUCUCCACCUUGCGCAGCCGGAUCUUCUCUUUCAGCUUCUCCAAGUUGCUCAUCUUUCGCCCUCCUGGGGCGGGGGCGGGGGCAGACGCACCAAUCUCACGCUGCUCGCCCUCGUCGUCGCCGUCGUCGUCGCUCUCCUCGCCGUUGCCGUCAUCCGCCGUCCCGCCCGCAGUACUGAUGUGGAUGUCUGGGGCGGUGGGGAGGCCCAGUGAGAGAGCGAAGGCGGGCAGGUCGGUCUGCUCGAGUGUGUUGGUGCCGCUGGACGAUGGCGAGAGGAGAUGGAGGGACCGGAUGUACGAGCAGAAGGCGCGCUGGGCCAGGUACUUGAUGUGCGGACUGAGAGGGGGAGGCACACACACACGCGCGGGCAGACAGGAAGGCAUUUGUGUGUGUGUGUGUGUGUGUGUGUGUUUGUGGCUGGCGUGACGUACUUUGCUACGAGUGUGGCUUGGAGCUUGCCUUGCACCGACAUGCGCUUCUUGGGAUUCAUCGAUAUCACACUCACCUCAAUCUGCACACACACACACACACAGAGAGAGAGAGAGAGAGCAAUGCCGCAUCCAACCACCCCACCCCACUCCCCCUCCACCAUACGGCUGACCUUUCUCUCCCUGAGUCUGUCGACGAAUCCCUUCUCGCACGGCAUGAGGAAGAGCAGCCCGUGGCCCACACUCGUGUACCUGGCCGUCCGGCCCACCCGAUGAAUGUACGAGUCGACACAGUCGGGACAGUCCACCUGCACCACCCAGUCCACAUCAGGGAAGUCCACACCCCGCGCAGCCACGUCAGUCGCCAGCAGCGCCACACCACCCCCGCCGCCUCCUUUGCCGGCCGCUCGGCUGACGAACGACUGGAAAACCUCCAGCCGCUUUAGCUGCGACUGCUUGCCGUGCAGUUCCAUCAGGGAACACCCUGCGCACACACACGAAGAGAGAGAGGGAGAGAGAGAGAGAAAGGGGGAUGCAUGUGUGUAGGUGUGUGUGUGUGACGUACCCGGUUUUAGUACUCUGAGGACUUCGUAGAGGUACCUGACUUGUUUGGUUGACGAGAGGAACACGAUCAUCUUCUUGGCGGCGUGUGUGCGGAGGAAGGCAAAGAGCGUGUCGACCUUCCUCUCCAGCGGCACCACCAUGUAGGUCUGCCGCAGACGGACCGGCGUCGCUGUCGACGCAUUGGCGUGCACACGCAGGUACUCAUGAGCCGACUGCAGACACAGACACACACACACAGACAGACAGGUGUGUGGCUGUUUCUCUCUCUCAUCUGUGUGUGUGUUGGUGGCUGACCUUCAUCAUUGUCUUAGCGAGGUCCUUGACGGCAUGGUGCAGGGUGGCCGAAAAGAGGAGCGUCUGCCUGUCGGAGGGCAGGUACUCGAGGAUGCGCUCCAUGGUGUCGCGGAAACCCAUGUCCAUCACGCGAUCCGCCUCGUCCAACACUAUGGCAACACACACACACACACACACACCGAUAGAACCACACACGCACACAUAAUGGCCAACGCACCGAGCAUCUGCAGGUGCUGUGUGUCGAAGAGGGGCGUCUGCUCGAGGUGCUGCAGCAGCCUCCCCGGCGUGGCCACGAUGACCGACAGCAGGCUCAGCCGCUCCUGCUCGUUCUUGACGUCCUUGCCGCCAAUCAGACAACCAUACGACAAAGUGUGGUACCUGACACACACACGCGCACACAUACACACAUGCAUACAGAGAGGGGGAGGGAUGCAGGCAGACAGGGAGGGAGAGAGGGAGUGUCAUCUGUCUAUUAUCUUUCUUACUUGCCGACUUUGCUGAGUACGUCGAAUAUCUGUGCGGCCAGCUCUCGAGUGGGCGAGAGCAGCAGAGCCCCCAGCCCGUCGGUGCGGCCCCACCGACGCCGAUACAGCAACUCCAACACCUGCAACACAAACACGCACAGCGAAACACAUCCAUCCAUCCAUCCAUCCAGCUCUCUCUCUCUCUCUCUCUCUCUCUGUGUGUGUGUGUGUGUGUGUGUGGUGUAAGCUGACCGGUAUAACGAAUGCGAGUGUCUUGCCCGAUCCCGUCUUGGCCUCCCCCAGCACGUCACGGCCACACAGGGCAUGGGGGAUGGCCGCACGCUGGAUCUCCGUCAUCCGCGCAUAGCCCCCCUCACGCAGCCCCUGCAGCGAGUGACGCGAUAUCGGCAAAUCCGAGAACAGAUGCACCGUCAUGACGCCCGUGGCUGGCAGGUUGUCCUGGUCAUCAUCAUGAGGGUCCUGAUGUGAUGAUACUGAUGCUUUGGCGAGAGAAGCGACGAUGGGCGGCUGCCACUGCUGGCCUGGCUGCGGGCACUCGAUGAGAGUUCGCUGGGUCAGCUCGGUGAUCUCGGCAGCGUCCCGAUUGCUGCGGCUGACCUUUGGGUUUGCGGGCCGUCCUUGGCCUCUGCUCCCUCGUUUGUGAUGGCCGCGGCCUCUGUGACCGCUGCCGCCUCGUCCCGACUGAUGAUAAGAAUCACGGCCUCCGCUCUCUGUUGAUGACGCGUUUCCACGAGGACGGGAAGAAGAUGACCCGCGUUUUCGCUCCCGAUUCUUCAUCAUGGUAACGUGUUGGCGAUGACACGUAGGCUGAAUGAGAUCUGCU